CCAUUGUCUAUGGUUUGAACAAUUCUGACUGCAGAGAGGGGGACGCGGAGACGCGCGUCGUACCGUCGAUAGCCUUAUUAGCAUAGCCGAGCAUACGCCACGAUACACAUGCUGGGGCAACGAACAGUGAAGACACUACAGACAGACCGGACAAUACCGACAACUUAAAGGAUACAAUAAUGCCGAGCCGUCCACCCCGCGACUAGGCUGGACGGCUAGCGGUGCAUCUCUGAGAGACGCUGAGGGAAACGACAGGGGUAUCUUCCCAUUUCCACGUUUACAUUUGUCCUCACUCUCUGUUGUGUGUUCUUUGGACAUGUCCUCGCUAAAUAUAGACUACGACGAAGACCAGAGAUGGGUUCCUACACACGUCCAGGUCACCGUUCUGCGGGGCAGGGGCUUGCGGGCGAAGGGCAAACACGGUACCAGCGACGUCUACACCAUUAUCCAGGUGGGCAAGGAGAAAUACUCCACUUGUGUUCUGGAAAAGACCACUGUUCCCGAAUGGAAGGAGGAAUGUUCUUUCGAGUUGUUACCGGGUGUUCUGGAGCAGGUUGGGGACGGGGGCGCAUACCCCCCCGGGAGCAGCGACUUGGUCCUGACGGUGAUGCACCGGGCGCUCAUGGGACUGGACGUGUUUCUGGGUCAAGCCGUGAUCCCUCUGGAUAAGGUGUUUCAGGACAGAAUAUGCAUGAAAAACGAGUGGUACAAGCUGAACUCCAAGACUGGGAAGAAGGAGAAGGAGCGAGGGGACAUUCAGGUGACGGUGCAGUUCACCAAGAACAACCUGACAGCCAGCAUGUACGACCUCUCCCUGGGUAAGGACAAGCCCCGGUCCACCUUCGGCAAGAUCAAGGACCGCAUCAAGGGCAAGAAGAGGAGCAGCAAGGACUCUGAUGAAGACUCCGCCUCCACUAUUGGGGGCGGCUACGGCCCCGUUUCCCGCAUGAGGAACCGGUUGCCGAGCGAUGGCGGCGGGGAGGAAGACUACGAGGACGAUGAAGGGGGGGAGGGGCGGAGGAGUAAGAUGAGGAACUUCUUCCUGCGAGGGAAACUGAGGAAGUCGUCCGAUACGAGGUCGAGCACAUCGCUAGGGUCGGAGAGUAGUGAGUCGUCGUCGAGGGGAGGGAGUCUCAGUCCCACCGCUGGGAUCUCUGUAGUGGUGUCUGACCUGUCUAACUCGCCUAGCAACAGCAGCAACUUCACAGCAGACAGCCCUGAUCAUACGGCAGAGUCAUCUCCCAAGCUGGCCUCCUACACAUGUGAGUUCACUGACGAGUCUGGAGAGAUCAACAUCCCUGUGCCUCAGCCUGUCUGCAUCAAUGGAAGCCAUGUGUACAACACCAUCUUGGACCCUUGCCCGGGGAACCCUGUAGUACCCUUAGAUCCACUAGCCCUGGUGAAGAAGAACCUGCCUCUGUCCCAAUCCCUCCAGAACCUCAACCAGCGGAGAGAGGAGCUCCCUGUCCUCCUCCCUAAAGGUCCCGCUGCGGAUGGCCGGCGCUGGUCCUUUGACAAGGCAGGGAAGGAGGAGAAGGUGGCCAUCGCAGCGGCCCUGGAGCAGGCUGGCCAGGGGAUGGGCGAUGGGGCCAGGGAGGAGUCAGACAGAGACAGCCGGAGCAGGAACUGUCUGGAUGAGUCUGAACAGGCCUCGAACUCUGACUCUGGCCCGGACCAGAAACACAAAGGAUGGUUUGGAUCAAAGGACAACCAUAACAAACCCAGCCCGGUGGUGUCACCUAGCUCAGGCUCUCACCUCACCCCCCAUACCCCUGGUCUCACCCCCCUUACCCCUGGUCUGCUGUCCUGGGGCCCCCCUCACCUCCCUGUAGAUCCUAACUCACUGGGCACCCCACUCCAUCACACUAACCCCUUCAGCCAGUCCCCCAUGUCUCCCUCCAACCCGUUCCUCUCGCUCCUCCAGUGUAACCCUUUCUAUGAGGAACUCCUAGCUGACCAAGCUCUAAACCUUAACUCUGCCCAGCCCCAUCUGCCUCCCUGUUGUUCUGGCUUUACCUCCUAUAUCUCAGUAACACCCCAAACCUGGUCUAUCAACCCUAACCCCGUACCCAUCCUGCCCCCAACCCAAGACAGCCCAGUCACACCAGACUGCACUAACACUGGUAUGAAGGAACAAAGAGCCUCCCUGAAACUUCCUCCAGAAGAGAAGAGCGCCAACACUAAGGAUAAAGAAGAAGAAGAAGAAGCAGUCAAAACGAGCCAGAGACCGCUCCCUCCGCUCCCGAAGACUGCGACGGUGCCCUCUGCUAACUCUCCCCUCUGUGAGGAAGACAUGUCCUACGCUAACGCUGAGACUGCAUCAUUCUACUCUGCAACUGGCCCAGACAACAUGGCUGCUUUAGACUUGAUGGGGGAGUUCUCUGACGAUCGAUGCUGGGCCACUUGUGAUGAUGUCAUCCGGUCAGACACAAUAGAUCGAGCCACAUCCCAUCUGGGAGCCACCUGUGUUGUUAAAGAGAAGACCACAUCCCCUGAAGCAAGGAUAGACAGGCCAAUCGGCAUGGACUUAGAAUCAUGUAACUCAGCAGAACUUUCCAAUGCACUUCUACACUCUGUCAGGUCUCAAGCUCACAGUCCACUAAAAACAGUUCAGUCCACUACUGGGACAUCUAGUGGUGAGAAGGUCAAUGAAGACAUUGAAGAUUACAGAUCAGAGUACCAAUACUCAGAACACCCUCGUGUGGAGUCCGUUGUAGUCCAACAUUCUCUCUCAGAAGAACACCCGCUCCAACGGUCCCUCUCAGAGGGCACAAGGAGGAACAGCGUUGAGGACCUGAGUCUGUCGUUCGGCAGCGACCCUGGCGUUGUAACCCUGGGGUCGUUGUCCUUUGUCCAGCAGCAUGACACUUCUGACCUCCUCGCUGCCUCCUCCUUCUCCGCUCCUUCCUCUCUAACUGCUGAACGUAACUCAUCUUCCUCUCCAGCUCUCUCCUCUCUCCCUGCCCCGCCCCCUGCUACUGUGAGGUCAUCAGUAAGCACUGUCUUGGCCGCAACCCUUUUCUCCACUGCACAGCCAGUGAUUGGUGCAUCGCAUGCUGGCAUGCCCCAGGAGACACAUCCGCCAGCCAAUCAGCAGAUCAGUCCUCACCCAGUGAAGCCCCUGACCCCAGAGGAAAAGAGGCGGGCGGAACUUUCCGAGGGGCGGUCGGUGCUGGACAAACUUAAGUCCUCUAUCCACCCGGGGAGGAGCAGCCAGCCCACCGAGCAGCAGCCUGAGAAGAAAAAGUCUCUGACGGAGGGAGCUGGGCCUUACUACCACCUGACCCACAGUGAGCUGGUCGCCCUCCUCCUCCAACGGGAGGCAGACCUACACCGGCAGAGGGUGGAGUUUGACCACCAGGGGGCGUUGCUAGCGAAGCGGGAGGCGGAGCUGAAGAAGAUGAAGCCUCAGGUUAGGGAUUUGGAGGACUACAUAGACACGCUGCUGGUUCGCAUCAUGGAGCAGACUCCCACCAUCCUGCAGGUCGGCACCAAGCUCAAGUGACCGAGAGAGGAACUGAUGGAAUGGGGGUAACUAGCACCUAGGGUUGUGACAUUCCCAGGCUUUCUAGAAAUCCUGGUUGGAAAAUUCCCGGAAUCCGGAGGGAAUAAGCACGGAAUCCAGGAAUACACUUACUGGGAUUUCUGGGAAAACCUGAGAAUUUUGUUUGCCGCAAUUUUGCAACCCUGCUUGCACCUCGUUACUCUGACCCCCCCCCCCAUAACAACCUCUACUCUGACCGCCCCCAUAACAACACAACAACAAUAGCUGUCUUCUUUAUUAGUCUGUUCACUGCUGUGCUUCUGACAUUAUACUGUAGCUAGAGAACACAGCACUGACAAAGUGGAUGGUUUGGAAUUGACUUCACUUGUAUUGGAAGGUGCCCUCUCUGGUUUUGAAGGGGUUUGGGUUGCGGUGGUGGGUUGUGGUUCGUAAGGUUAUGGUUUGGUAGAGGUCGUGGGGUUAAACAAGAGGGUCCUCAGGUUGUUUCAGGUAUACCCAGUUCGUAUUGAGCUAAGAGAUCAAACCCAGAUCACUCCGAUACUGAAUGAUUCCCUCUUCAUCACCUAGGCUACAUCCAAAAUAGCACCCUAGAUCCUGUGUUGUGCACUACUUUUGAUCAGGGCCCAAAGGGAAACCCAUAUAGGUCUCUGGUCAAUAGUAGUGCACUAUAUAGGGAAUAGGGUGCCAUUUGGAAUGCAGACCCAGUCACUUCACAACCUAGACAUUUUGCUCUGCAGACAAGUGCACCUACCACAGUUGUCAAGCUACAAACCAAAUGAGAGAUAGGAACUAUCACUCAUGUGUUAUGGGCUGUGUCCCUAAAGUAGUGCACUAUAUAGGGAAUCGGGUGCCAUUUGGGAUGUAAAAAUGAUGUGCAAAUGAAUGGAAUGGGAAGUGGUUUUAGGUUCAAAAGUGUUCUUACAAAAACAAACAAAUGAAUAGUUUGAUCUUUGAUGCGAAGUUCAGCUUGAUUUGCUUUUUCUUUCAUUUCUUACAAUAUGCUGCUUCUAACGUGGUGUAUUGCAGGCAGACAGACAGGCAGACAGACAGGCAGACAGGCAGACGGACAGGCAGGCAGACAGGCAGACAGAAUGUGUUGAUACCAUUAAGAUAAAUACUGUAGGUCUCAAUGUUAGGCCUAUUACCCGGCUAGAUACUGUACUGUUUCAGAUGAUACUACCAGGCUAAGAAAUUGAGUGUUGUGGAGUGCAGAUAGACAUGCACAGAAUGUAUUGAUACGAUCAGGUUAAGUAUUCUACCUUUUCAGAUAGUGUGGCAAAAAUUCUGAUCGGGUUUUCCAGAAAUCCAGGUUGGAUAAUUCCGGGAUUCGGAAGGGAAUAAGUAGGACAUCUGGAAUCCUCCAACAAGGAUUUCUGGAAAUUAAAAAACAUGUUGGGAAACUCUAGUUUCAGAUGUUACGGUCGGGAAAAGUAUUGUACUGUUUCAGAUAUAUUGUUAAUACCAGGCUAUGUUCUGUACUGUUUCAGAUAUAUUGUUAAUACCAGGCUAUGUUCUGUACUGUUUCAGAUAUAUUGUUAAUACCAGGCUAUGUUCUGUACUGUUUCAGAUAUAUUGUUAAUACCAGGCUAUGUUCUGUACUGUUUCAGAUAUAUUGUUAAUACCAGGCUAUGUUCUGUACUGUUUCAGAUGUAUUGUUAAUACCAGGCUAAGAACUGUCUGGGUGACACUGCUUCUCCAACACGCUUCGCCUUCCUUCCACUGUGCAUUAUUAAAUCAACACAAUUUAUUAUAGCAACAAAAUAAUGCUUAGAAACAUGAUUUCUUAUAGCAACAAAACAAUGGUUAGAAACAUGAUUUCUUAUAGCAACAGAACAAUGCUUAGAAACAUGAUUUCUUAUAGCAACAGAACAAUGCUUAGAAACAUGAUUUCUUAUAGCAACAGAACAAUGCUUAGAAACAUGAUUUCUUAUAGCAACAGAACAAUGCUUAGAAACAUGAUUUCUUAUAGCAACAGAACAAUGCUUAGAAACAUGAUUUCUUAUAGCAACAGAACAAUGCUUAGAAACAUGAUUUCUUAUAGCAACAGAACAAUGCUUAGAAACAUGAUUUCUUAUAGCAACAGAACAAUGCUUAGAAACAUGAUUUCUUAUAGCAACAGAACAAUGCUUAGAAACAUGAUUUCUUAUAGCAACAGAACAAUGCUUAGAAACAUACUGGUACUUGACUCCCCUCUGCCUGUCUCUGCCCCUGUAUGUCCCCCCCCAUUCCCUGCGCUUGAGCUAAAGCAUGCGUACUACUACUAAUAAUGCUGUCAGGUGUGUUACUAAAGGGAUCUAUAACGUAUCUACAGCUGUAUAUGCCAUACUGAAAUGCCAAAUGCUGCCUUAUUGUUUUUCCUUAAUGCUCCAGUUCACAGUUUGGUUCCAGAAUAGCACUUCAUUUCACCUAAAGGAGAUUGGGACACAUGAAGAAAAAGUCAAGCCAUUAUCCCAUGACUGUUAUUCUCUCACAGGACACAACGCUUUGCUUUGUUGCAAUGUUAUUUAGUUGUUGUUUAGUUCAUCACACAAGAAGAAACCCCAUUGUGUUCAUACUAAAAGGUUAUGAGCAGAAACCCCAUUGUGUGCAUACUAAGAUGUUAUGAGCAGAUGAUGAUUACCUGUGGAAUGCCAAAAGGCAAACCUUGAACCCUAAUGAACAUAUGGAGGUUUGAUUCACUGUAGUUAUUGAAUUAUGAAGCCACUGUUGCUAAAUGGGUUCCAGUCUGUUGAGCUGUCUUUCCCUUUCCUUGUCAUAGUGGAAUGUCAGCACAAACAGACUGGAUUUCUCCAGGCUAAACUGUUACAGCAUUUCUAGAUGUUCUUGCACUACCCUCCUCUUCAGAAGCGUAGAAAUAGAAUGGUCAGAACAUACAGAGCCUUAAGAAAAGUUUUCAACCUUCGAUCUUGAUUUGGUGUUGAACCCGAUUACAGCUGGGAGUCUUUGAGUCUCUAAAAGCUUUUCACACCUGGAUUGUUCAGCAUUUUGCUCAUUAUCCUUUUAAAAACUCUUCAAGCUCUGUCAAGUUGGUUGUCAAGUUGGUUGUUGAUCAUUGAUAGACAACCAUUUAAGUCUUGCCAUAGAUUUCCAAGCUGAUUUAAGUAAAAGGUUUAACUAGGCCACCCGAGUACCUUCAAUGUCGUCUUGGUAAGCAACUCCAAUGUAGAUUUGGCCUGGUGUUUUAGGUUAUCGUCCUGCUGAAAGGUGAAUUAAUCCCCCAGUGUCUGUUGGAAAGCAGACUGAACCAGGUUUUCCUCUAAGAUUUUGCCUGUUUUAGCUCUAUUCUGUACAUUUUUAUCCUGAAAAACUCCCCAGUCCUUAUCGAUGACAAGCAUACCCAUAACAUGAUGCAGACACCACCAUGCUUGAAAAUAUAAAGAGUGGUACUCAGUGAUGUGUGGGAUUUGCCCCAAACGCUUUAUAUUCAGAACAAAACGUUUGUUUCCUUACCAAUUUGUUUGCAGUAUUACUUUAGUGCCUCAUUGCAAACAGGAUGCAUGUUUUGAAAUAUGUUCUAUUCUCGAGAGGCUUCCUAUUCUUCACUCUAUCAGUUAGGUUAGUAUUGUGGAGUAACCACAAUUGUUGUUGAUCCAUCCUCAGUUCUCCUAUCACAGCCAUUAAACUCUUUUAAAAUCACAUUGGCCACAUGGUGAAAUCACUGAGCGGUUCCCUGAACAGGAAAACCUCCCUGGUCUUUGUGGUUGUAUCUGUGUUUGAAAUUCACUUCUCAAAUUUAUUUUUUAAAUGUUCCUUUAUUUAACUAGGCAAGUCAGUUAAGAACAAAUUCUUAUUUACAAUGACGGCCUAGGAACAGAGGGUUAACUGCCUUGUUCAGGGGCAGAACAACAGAUUUUUACCUUGUCAGCUCUGGGAUUUGAUCUUGCAACCUUUCGGUUACCAGUCCAACGCUCUAACCACGAGGCCUCCUGCCGCCCCACACUCUAACCACGAGGCAUCCUGCCGCCCCACAUUCUAACCACGAGGCCUCUUUCCGCCCCACACUCUAACCACGAGGCCUCCUGCCGCCCCUACCUUACAGGUAAUUGUAUGUGUGGAGUACAAAGAUGAGGUAGUCAUUCAACCAUCAUGUUAAAAACCUACUGCACACGGAGUCCAUGCAACUUAUUAUGUAACUUGUUCAGCACAUUUUUACUUCUGAGCUUAUUCAGGCUUGCCUUAACAAAGGGGUUGAAUACUUAUUGUCUCAAGACAUUUCAGCUUUAAAUGUGAUAUUAAAUUGUUUAACAAAAAUCUACAAACAAAAUUACACUUGGACGUAACAGGGUAUUGUGUGUGUAGAUCAGUGACACAAACAUCUCAAUUAAUACAUUUUAAAUUCAGACUGUAACAACGAAAGUUGAAAAAUGUCAAGGGGGUUGAAUACUUUCUGAAGGCCCUGUAUCAUGGGUCGACUCCCUCUGCCUCACUGGGCUUCUUCUUCUUGACAUGACACCUCGAGAAGUUGUUUAGCCAAAAAAAGGUUUCUAUCCAGUUUAAAGCACAUUGAUUCUGAAAUAGUAUAAUAAUGCCUCAUCUCAAGUUCUGCUUUAUGAAUGCAGGGUCUACACUAUUCCCGAGUGCACUACUUUUGGCCUGAGCCCUGUAAGCCCUGGCCAAAAGUAGUGCACUAUAUUUUAGGGUGCCAUUUUAGCUGCAGACAUUAAAUGUGACUCUGCAUUUUUCUAAACUGCUAAUGUUUCGUCUUCCUCCUUGUCUUCCGUUUUAAAGUUCAUUUCAGUUCAACUGAUUGUGUAUUUUUCUCUGUUUUAGCUGGUGGAAUGUGCAUAAGUUAGUCAAAGAUUGGAAAGUUUACAAUUCGUGAUACAAUUGUUUCACAAAUUUUAUAUAUUUAAUAAAAUGAUUUUGUGUUUCUUGCUCACUA